GGAGGUGAGGCAGCGGGUUGGUCCGCUGAGAGGAUGGACGCGGCUGCAGCUGCAAACUGCGUUUUACUGCCGCGCUUAAGUGUGUUUUUAUUGAAAUAAUAAAGCAGAUGUCGCUGACCAAUUAUUACUCCGUGAUGGGGCUGCAGAGCGACGAGCCCUACGCCGCUCCGCUGCUGCCUCCGGCCGGCUGCUCCCGGCCCGUCCGGCCGCUGGAGGCGGAGGAGGAGGAGGGGACGCCCGGCGCGCACAUCCAGGACUUCUCGCACUUCUCCGGCAAACCGGGGACGUUAAACGGCUUCUCUCCGUGGACCGGGGCCGCCUCGUCCUCCGUCCCGGGCCUCUUCCACCCGCUGCCCUACUACCACACCGACCCGCUGGCCUCCGGCGGCUCCGACGGACGCUUCGUGCGCGGCUGGGAAGGCGCGGCCCCGGCACCGGAGAGCGCGCUGUCGCAGGUUUCGGCCGCUUACCCCGCCGUGUGCGUGCCCGCGCAGAGCGAACCGAGCCCGGGGUUCGACCCGGUGAAGCCUGAGAGCUCCCCGCUGUCCCACGGCAGCCCCGGGGAGUCCGGCUUCUCCAGCCCGGCCGAGGUCGUCCUGGAACGGCUCGGCGCGGCGGAGGAGCCGAAGAAGGAGGCCGAGGAGCGGAACCGGGCCGCCGCCGCCGCCGCUCCGCCGCAGAACGAGUCCGACAACCCCUCUGCCGGCUGGAUCCACGCCCGGUCGGGCCGGAAGAAGCGCUGCCCGUACACCAAGCAGCAGACCCUGGAGCUGGAGAAGGAGUUCCUCUACAACAUGUACCUGAGCCGGGACCGGAGGCUGGAGGUGGCCGGUCUGCUGCAGCUCACCGAGAGGCAGGUCAAGAUCUGGUUCCAGAACCGCCGCAUGAAGAUGAAGAAACUCAUGAUCCGGGAGAGGAGGACCGUCCACCAGUAGCAGGCCGUUACUAGGCGACCGGAGGGCAGGAAGUGAUGUCACGGCCAGAGGUUCUGAUCCAAUGAUCUAACAUCCAGAAUCAGCUCCACUUAAAGCACAUCUGCUGGAAAAAGUCUCCUGUUUUUAUCAUUUAUCACUGAAAUAUUCUCCUAAAAUGAGUCAAACAGAAAAGAUUAAACAUCCACGGAGUCAGACGGAACAUUUAGAUCUAAAACAUGUUUUUUUCAUUUAUCACCUAAAAUAUUCUCCUAAAAUGAACAAAACAGAAAAGUUUAACCCUCGUGUCAUCCUGCGGGUCAAAUUGACCUGUUUUAAAGUUUGAAAAUUUGGAAAAAAUACACAUUUUGACAGUGAAAACUUCCACAAUUUCAACAUUUUUUGGUGGAAAAAAAGAAAUGUUAAAAAUAAAUGUUUCUUUAACAACAUUCAGAAAAAAAAAUCAACCAAAAUCCAGCAAAUUUUGCUGGAUUUUGGUUGAUUUUUAUGUGAAUGUUCUUAAAGAAAAUAUUAGAAGUUUUACUGAUAUAUCUGGAAUCACUUUAGAUAUUUUUAGGAAUUUUUUGGAAGAUUUUUAUUCAGUUUUAAAAAAUAUUUACAGUUUUUUUAUCUUUAAAAUUUUUAUUUGUUGCCAAAUUUGGGGAUUUUUAAACAAAAAAUGUUAAGGGAAACUUUUAAGGAAUUUUUAGAAUUUUCUUCCUGAAGAUUUUGCAAAUUUUUAUAAAUUUGGGGAAUUUUUUUGCUGAAUUUUUGAAUUUUUUUCAGACAAAGGAACAAUGUUUUUUGCCGCCCGUAAACAAAGACAACAGGAGGGUUAAACACCCACAGUGUGAGACGAAUAUUUAGAUCUAAAAUAAAACAUGUUUUUUUUUUUUAAUCAUCAAAGUAUUCUCCUGAAAUGAGCCAAACAGAAAAGUUUAACCCUCCUGUUGUCCUUGUUUACGGCCCCAAAAAAUAUUGUUCCCUCGUCUGAAAAAAAUCCAAACAUUCAGAAAAAAAUUCCCCAAAUUUAUAAAAAUUUGGAAAAUGUUCAGGAAGAAAAUUCAAAAAAUUCCUUAAGUUUUAUUUUUAAAAAAGAAGAAAUAAAAAUCUAAAAAAAGUUUUUAAAAAAUUUUAAACAUGUUCAAAAAAUGAAUAAAAAUGUUCCAAAAAAUCCCAAAAAGAUCUGAAGUGAUUCCAUAUAUGUCAGUAAAAGUUAUAAUAUUUUCUUUAAGAACAUUUAUAUAAAAAUCAACCAAAAUCCAGUGAAAUUCGCUGGAUUCUGAAUUUUGGUUGGCUUUUAUUUUAAUUGUAUUUGCCAUUAAUUGAAAGAACAAAUUACAUUGAGAACUGAUAAAGUGUAAAUCAUUUUUAAAAUUGGUAAUUUACAAAAUUAAUUUAAUCCUAGAUAACAUCAAGUAAAAUCACAGAAUUUUUCAUUUUAAAUUUUCUAUUUUUUUUACAUUUAUAUAUUAAGUCAAAAUUAAAAGUAGAAUAAAAUACAGACAAAAACUGAGAAUAACGAGACAUUACAAAUGUUUUUUUUAAAACAGAUGCAAAAUUAAACCAUCAAAUUACAUGAUUUUUUCCUGUAUUUAAAUCAGCGAAAACAUAUCAAUAUUUUACAUAUUUUUGCCAUUAAUUAAAAAUAUAGUUACAUUAAGAAUUUUUUUAAAAUUUAAAUAUUUUAAAUCUGAUAAUUUGCAGAAUUUCCCUCUUUUGUUACAUUACUGAUAAUUUUUAGUAAAUUCAUAAAAAAGUUUAAUUUAUACGUAAACCAUGAAAACAGGACAAACUGCAAAUAACAUCCACAUUAAAAAACUUUUAUUUUUAUUUUAUAAAUGAUUUAUCAAUUUUUUUUACAAUGUGAGAGUAAAAUUUAAUUUUUAGUGGAAUUAAAACAUCUAAAAACAUUAAAAAUCAGGAUUCCAGUUGUCGACCACUCCUCAGUAAAGUUUUUAUUUUAUUUUAUUUUUUCACUGUAUUUUAACAACAUUUUUUGGUCAAAUCUGCCUCGUAUUAAAGGGAAAAAUAAAAAUUAAAUGCGUUUUAGUGGUUUAGAAGCAGCUUUACAUCUCAGUCAGAAUGAUUUGAAAUCAAAAUGUGAAUAUUUCCUUUAGAUUUUAGAUUAUUACACAUUUUGCACUUUUCAGCUGAACGUGGAGGAAAAACUGAUUUAAUCCAUAAAAAUAAACAGAUUUACCCCAUAAAGAGAAACUGAUUUAAUCCACAAACAGAAACUGAUUUAAUCCAUAUUUGAAGUAAAUAAAGAAGAGGAGCAGCUCCGAUGGCUCCUCUUGUCGUUUUCUGGACUAAUUUUUGUUCUGGUCUCCCUGAAAAGACUGAAUCUGAAGAAGCUUUUUAUAAUUCUGCAUGUUUCCUGUUGUUGUUCUUGUUGUUGUUGUCCUGUUGUUGUUCCUGUGGUGCUCUUACUGUUGUGAGCUGCUUCCUGUUGUUGUUUUGUCUCCACCAGCGGUUUGGAGAGAAGUUCAGGCUACGUUAGCCUCCAGGAGGGUUUUAUAGAAAUAAAAGAAAACGAUGGA